CGGGAACAGCCGCGAGUGAGCUGCGGGCGCUUCCCGGCGAGGAGGACUUUAAGGAUUGCUACAUUAACAACAAGCAACUGUAACUUCGCUAAUUUAAUGAAUGACGUCCGUGCGUUUAGUGAGAGAUGCUGCCCGAACGCGGCUCGCUGUCGGGCCGCAGCAAGCCCUGCCCUUGCACAGCGCGCAGAUAUCUGAACCAAAUGAGUUUGACAUCAUGCUUUUAAUGCCCGUUGAAAGACUUCAGCUGGAUGAAUGUGAUGACACUGGAGCUUAUUACUAUCUAACAUUGAAAAGAAAUCAAAAAGAAAAGCAUUUGUUGAAGUUUUUAGAUGAAGAUAAAAAAUUAUCAGCCUUUAAAAUGCUUCAAGCACUACGAGAAAUUAUUAAACGAGAAGUAAAAAACAUUAAAGAUGUGGAAGUGUCUGUGAAAAGGAAAAAGCCUGGAAGCCCUGCAAUAACUCUUCUGAUCAAAAAUCCUCCAGCAGAAAUAUCAGUGGACAUCAUCUUGACUUUGGAAGUUCAGCAGAGCUGGCCUCCCUGCACACAGGAUGGCCUCAGAAUUGAACAGUGGCUGGGAAGAAAAGUCAGGGGAAAGUUCAGAAAUGAAUCACUUUAUUUAGUAGCCAAACAAAAUAAAAACGAAAAGGUUCUAAAAGGAAACACCUGGCGACUCUCCUUCUCGCAUAUUGAGAAGGCCAUGAUGAACAACCAUGGCAGGUCAAAGACGUGUUGUGAAUCUGAUGGACCAAAGUGCUGUAGGAAAAGUUGUCUUAAGCUUCUGAAGUAUCUUUUAGAGCAACUUAAAAUGGAAUAUACAAAAGAACUGGAGAAGUUCUGUUCAUACCACGUCAAAACUGCUUUUUUCCACUCAUGUGUCAUGUGGCCAAAUGACACAGACUGGCAUGUGGGAGACCUGGAUCACUGCUUUCAGAAAUAUCUGGGAUAUUUUCUGCAUUGCCUGCAAAACUCUCAGCUGCCACACUUUUUUAUCCCCAAAUACAACUUGCUCAGUCUGGAAGAUAAAGCGAGCAGUGAUUUCCUUUUAAGACAAAUAAACAAUGAAUUGAACAACGGGUUCCCAAUAUUUCAGAAGAUGUAUUAAGUUUACAAUAACUCUUUACAAUAAUAGUGGUUUUAGAUUUGAAUAUUUAAAAACAGCACCUUAAACUACUCCUCAGUAGUUGAUACUACAAAAACCCAGAACAAAAUCAAGAACACCAAGAGAAAACAGCAUACUUCAUAUACUUCAUUCUGCUUAGCCCUAACUCUUGAAAGCAAUAGGAUGUUUUAAGUAAUAUUUAUCUUCCCUAUCCAAAUGUAGAUGUUACCUGCAAAAUAUCUUCAAGGUGUACUAGGAAUGUAUAGAAGAAUUUGCAGUAGUUAAUUUCCCACAGGUAGUUUUUAUGAUUCCAAAUAUAAAGGCAUCAAUGCUUGGGUAAAGUGAAAAAUUAAGAUUUUAUUUAAAUUGAGGAUCCAUUGUGGAAUAUCCUAAAUACACUCUUGCUUUCAAGAGAAAAAAAAAAAGUCACUGGAGUUGCUUUGACAUAAACCAGAACCUCUCCAGAUCAACUGGGUGGAUGGAGACUUUUUUGCCGAGGACAAUCACCAUCAACAGCAAGCAGAGAGAGAAUAUGGUAUCAAACCAGUAUGAAGUUCCUGAAGUAACCUAUCUUUUCUGAGUCUUCAGAAUUGCUUUGGAAAUUAAGUCUUUUCACUGGACUUUGGGCAGGAAGCAAGCAUUUUCUAAUGUGCUGCAACACAGUAAUGUUACUGUGUCAACAUGCAUUUGUGUGACUGUCCUGGGUUCCGCUACGAUAGGAUUCAUUUUCCCAAGAGUGCUGGGAGGGGGCACAGCCAAGGUAGGUGACCAGAACUAGCCUGUCAUGCUCAAGAUCUAACUAGAGGAGCUGGUCAGGAGUUGGGGAUUGCAGUUGGGGGAGGGGCUCAGUGCAUGGUACUG